GCGCCAUGUGCGUAGAUGCGUGAGCGCAGCGACGCGCGCGACGCUGCCCAGAGAGCCCAAGCCCGCGGCGGCGCGCGGACGAUGCCGCGAUGGCUGACGGCCGCCAUGCUGCUCGCCACCGCCGGCGCCUGGAGCCCGCCGCGCCCCGGCUCCCGCGGCAACGCCACCCGCCACCUCCACAUCCUCGGCUGGCACCUCGAGCUCCAAGAAAACCGCGCCAUCCGAUCCCCCUACUACGACGAGUGCCAGUUCUACCGAGGACGAGUGCUCCACGAGGAGCAGUCCUCCGUCACCGUCACCGAGUGCGACGGCCAGCUCUACGGGCUGCUCCAAGUUGGAAACGAGGAGUUCGUCCUGCAGCCCACGAGUCCCGGCUCGACGCACGUGCUGCGCCGGCGCGACGUGCUGUGGUCGGAGCGGCCGGCCCAGUACAACCUCACCGGCGACACGGUCGCCGAUCUUGAACUUGACUUCGAGGAAGAUGAUGAACCGACACCGCACGUGCGUCCGAGACACAGCGACCACUCGGACACCGAAUACUUUCGCGAUGUGCGCCCGGUCACUCGCCCCGUGUCAGGUGUGAACGGAUUGUGGCUCGAAAUGGCAAUAGUGGCGGAUCACACGAUGCUGAAGUUCCACGGUCGCGAGAGAGUCAAGCACUACAUUUUAGCUUUAAUGAACAUCGUCAGUGCUAUCUUUAACGACCCGUCGUUGGAUGCAAACAUAACACUCGUUAUCAACAAACUGUUUUUGUACGAAGAGAAAGAUCCUAUUAUAAAAUUCGGGAAUGUGAAGAAAUCUUUGGAAGCUGUGAAUAAAUGGAACUAUCGGCACUUGAUGAGGCUACCCGCUGAAAGCACUGGCUGGGACGCGACGGUGUGGCUGACUCGCGCGCAGUUAGGCGGGCCCUCGGGCUUCGCCCCCGUGGGGGGUGUAUGCUCCCGGACGCGCUCCGCUGCCAUCGACCGCGAUGAAGGGCUCACCAGCGCCUUCGUCAUUGCACACGAGUUGGCACAUCUACUAGGUCUCACCCACGAUGGAGAAGGUCAAUGCGAAAAGGAUUCUCUCCGCGGAUCGGUGAUGGCGCCAACGGUGCUGGCCACUCUUCAAAACUACGCCUGGUCUGCAUGUUCCAAGGAGCAGUUCCACGAAAAGUCAAAGAAAUGGUGGUGCCUCCAUGAGAGAAGUCAAGACGAAGGGGUGGAACUGGGAGGUGCUAAGGAGAUCUCAAACUACGUGUUCACCAUGGACGAACAGUGUCGGACGGAGUUUGGAGAAGGGUUCUCAGUAUGCAGGACGGUGAAGGUGAAGUCAGCCUGUUCAAGGCUCUGGUGCGCUCACCGCGCGGUGCCGCACGUCUGCCGAUCCAAGCGCGCGCCGCCGAUGGAAGGCACGCCUUGUGGACAUAACCGGUGGUGUGUGGACCGAGUAUGCGAGCUCAUGCCGGGGCAAGUGGAGACGAAGGUGGAGGAGCCAGCUACUCCGCAGUGGGACGAGUGGAGCACUUGGAGCGAGUGCAGCGCCGACUGCGGCUACGGGCUGCGCCGGCGCAUACGGCGCUGUCGGUACAAGGGGUCAGUGUCAAACACCGCCUGCGAAGGCGCCGGGUCGCAGGUGACGGCUUGCUGGGCGGGCAGAGCGUGCGCUGACACGCGCGAUGCACGCUCUGAACUCUGCGCCAGGCAGGAUCGGAGGCUCAUACCGUUUAUGCACAGUGAUGAAUCCAAGCAAUGUGAAAUUUGGUGUGUGGAUUUCUCUGGCGGGGACGCGUCUACGUUCGGAGCCCUGCCCGACGGCGCGCCCUGCAGCUACGACCGGCCCUUUGAUGUCUGCUACCAGGGCGCGUGCGUAAGAGGUCAAUGCAACGCGACCGACCUGGGCUGCAACUGGUGUCCCGAUGGAUACUGCAGCAAUAACACCUACAUCUACACCAGACAUCUUGAAAAAGGUUGGACCCGCAUGGUAGUAAUACCGCACGACGCCCACCAAGUCUCCAUCAAAAUAUCCACCCCCAUUCCCCUUAAAAUAGCCAUCCGAGAGCGCAAAAGGGAUCGGCACAUUCUCGAACUGAGCAAACACAACUCAAGGAAAUUCGAAACUGACCAUUACCAAGACAAUUACUUGAAAUAUGAGCCUGUCCCUCAGAACCUGCAGAUUGUAGAAGUUGAUAACAACGUGAUAAAUAUAAAGGAGGGGAGUGAACGUUACGGGUGGGAGGGUUCCGUGGUGGCAGCUGGAACCCUCCUGAGGUGGAAUCAGACUGACACUGACAUUUCUAUCACUGCCAACUCGAGGCUACAAACGGAUUUGAUGAUUAUGGCAGUCCCCGAGCACCGAGUGCCGGAUAACGAGGUAGCUAGCGUGGUGGUCGCCGUCAACCACAGCACGCCGGCGUCGCGCUACCGACCCCUGGAGUACAGAUGGUCGACGGAGCGGGGCCAGUGUUCUGCGUCGUGUGGUGGCGGCGUGCGCCUGGUGCGCCCGCGAUGCCUUCGCGGACAAAGGUGCCCGCCGCAGCGGUACGAGAAAUGCAACACUCACAGCUGCGAGUUCAAAUGGAUUCCCGAUGAAUGGGAGACAUGCAGCGCCACUUGUGGAACCGAGGGUAUGCAGGAGAGGCAACUUUUCUGCGUACCAGCUAACCUCACGACAUCUUCAAGAAUGGAACUGAUUAGGCACAGUGUGUCACCUGCGCUCUGUCCUUCAGAAAAACCUGCAAAGCAACAACCUUGCAACAGGAUCCCAUGCCCGGUCUACUGGCGGGAGAUGGCCUGGACUCCGUGUUCAACAACCUGCGGCCGCGGCGUAUCCUACCGCCCUCUAGUCUGUCCAGCAUCAGACGAACUAUACUGCGGUCCAAAGCCCCGCGAGCGACGCAAGCGCUGCCGACUACGGCGCUGCCCCCCCGCCCGCGCGCCCGCCUGCCCCGCUGCCGACGCGACUCAGUACUGCGAGUAUUUCGCUGCAGAUGAGCUGAAGAGAAACUGCGCAGUUCCCCCUUUCAGAAAGUACUGCUGCAACGCGUGCAGGGAUGUCGAUAACUCUGUUAGUCGACGCAGCUCGGGAUAGCGAUGAAUUUGGAACCGUAUUACCGAAGCAAAAGCAAUUAAAAGAUUAUUUAUGCCCGUUUUC